GCCGCCGAGCAACAAAAAGGAAACCGAGAGCAAAAACAUUCCCAACGCCUUAUUUAAAAGGAGAUCAUAAUCCACCCCGCACCCGUCUGCUCAUAUACAAGACUAACAUUUUCAACCCGGGCCCGGAGCACCACCGCCGGCGUGAAGCUGCGUUAACACCCAGGCUGUUUUUUUUUUUUUUUGUUUCCCGCACAGACGCAGACGGCUCCGAGCAGCUCCGCCGCGGCCUCCAUUUUAGCUCCUUGCCCGGAACCUUCAUGGAUAUGCUGGAGCAGAGUCUGGACAGCUCGGCGAGUCACGACAAACAGGAAUCAGAAGAGGUGGUGCAGUUACAGGAAGGAGAGGCGGUGGGGACAGAGGAGCAGACUGCAGUGACCAUCACUGGUGUCCCGCAGACUGCGUUCACUGACCACAAUGUGCAGUACCAGUUUCGUACAGAGAACAGUGGAGGACAGGUGACCUACCGUGUGGUUCAGGUGACAGACGAUCAUUUAGAGGCGACAGCUGAUGGGACUGGAGCCGUAAGCGUCGUUUCCACUGCAGCAUUUGCAGGGGCCCCUCAGGCUGUGGCUCAGGCCGUCAUCCAGAACCCUUUUAGUAAUGGGGGUAGUCCUGGUGGGGAGACCGUGGGCGGAGAGACACGUUUCGCUUAUUUUCCCGCCGCCACCGUCAGUGAUGGAACAGCCACGGCCGUGUCGGUGCAGGCCACCGCUGACCCAACCAUCACACAGGCAGGAGGUCAGUUCUACGUGAUGAUGAGCCCCCCCGAGGUGCUGCAGACGACAACCCCUCGUACCAUCGCACCACGCACACACACCUACACUGCAGACCUUGGUGAAAGCGAGAUGUUGCAGCAUGGCAGUUCAAACUGGAAGGUGGAGGGUCCACGGGCACCCAGAGAUGAGAGGCGAAGAGCACAGCACAACGAAGUGGAGAGAAGAAGAAGAGACAAGAUUAACAACUGGAUUGUUACGCUGUCGAAAAUUAUCCCUGACUGUAGUGUGGACAGCAGAACUGGAGCGAGUAAAGGAAGCAUCCUUUACAAAGCCUGUGACUACAUCCGAGAGCUGCGUCAGAGCAACCAGCAGCUGCAGGAGAGCUGCAAAGAGGUGGAGCGAGUCAAGAUGGACAACGAGCUGCUCAGACAACAGAUCGAGGAGCUAAAGAAUGAUAAUGCACUGCUUCGAGCACAGCUACAGCAGCAUGGGGUAGAAGUCAAUGGAGAUGCAACACCACAGUGAUUGUGGACUGGACACGUGUAAUGACACAAACACAAAUGUCGCAUCCUCCCACCCACCUGAACAAUACCAGGAAAGGAAUUACAACGACAGAGAAUUUCCAUCUGAGAUUGGACGAGAGAAAGACGCACAGGGCUCGAGAAGAACACUGACGGACUGCAGACUGAACACGUCUCUUCCACCUCCAGCAGUUUAGAGGCUCUGAAAUCCGUUAACUGUAGCUGACUGAACCUCUCGCCUCUGCUUCAAAGGAAAACGACCUCUGCACAGCAGCACCACGCUCGCACCAAACUUUCUCUUUACUUUAAAUUAUGAACCUGCCACAGAAAAUUUUACUUUUAUUGAUUUCACCUUUUUAUCUCAACACAGACUUGUUUUUUUUUUUUUGUUGUUGACAUUUGCUGUUUUUCAAACUACUAAAUGUGACCUGAAUGAUCACUCUCAUUUACUUUUAAUUUAUCAGUCUUUAAGGAACCUGAACACAGAAAAGAAUAGGAAACGACAACAAACAAAUAACCGGUAAAUCAGACGUGUUGAUGAUGCUCAUCACUGUCACUAAGGAUAGUUUUACUGUCACUCGAGCUUGUGUAUAUAUACAGUUGAUCUGUGAGCAGUUAUCUGCCUCUUAACACUGACACUCCACAAACUUUAUAAACACAGCCCAAUGACAGUAAAUUCAAAAACUAUAAUACAUCUCUGACAGCUUUGCCAUCACAGACAUGGAGGUUUUUGUUUUUAGUCCAAGGCCUUAAUAGAAGCCUGUUGGAGAAUCUAGGUGUUAACAUAGCUCAGGUAAUUGGGAUAGUGCACUGGCAACUGGUUCCCAGACUCAAUGAAGUCUUUACAUAUAUAGAGUUUAGUAAAAGUCUCCUUUUUGUCCCCUUUAGGUGCAAUGUACAGAUAAAUGAGAAUAUGGGGAUGAUUUUCAACCUGUAAGUCAUUUUUAAUGGGCAUUAAAAUAUGGUUUGUUUGUAUAUCUGAUAAUAGGUAAUUGGUGUAAUGCACUGAAACAGAGGUUCAGUCAUGUGAGACCGGCCUCUGUUUGGCCUCCCACCAAUCAUGCUGCAUUUGAAUGGACACGCAAGGUGGCGUUGUUUUUGUUUUGUUUUUUGUUUUUUUCACUAUUCCCUAACUCUUUACAACUCUGGGAACCAUUGCUGCUGACAGAAGACCAUAAAAGAGCCAUGGUCAGGAAUGUGCUAAAGGUAGUUUGGAUGUGAGUGAUUAUAAUUGUAACUAACCAGCUUUUGUCUACACUGAAAGUCUCCACAGCAUGGAAAUAUAACCACUGGCAUGACUAAUUCUGAUAUUACAAUAAAACAGAAGUGUGAGCGCUGUUUAUUA